ACAUUGAAAGAACUUCGUGGACUCCUGCGAUCAUGGCUAUCAUAUUGGCCCUUGCUGUCGUUACUGUGAUGGCCGCCGUUGGAAGUUCUGCUGUGGAUCCAACACUGCAAUUUUUUCAGGAUACUCAACACAGGCCCAUUCUCACCUACGAGUGUUACCGCACGGAUGUCACCGUUGAACCCGAAGGCACAGUAAACUUCACCAUUUUUUGGGAUGGUACACGAGACGCUUCUAAUGAGGCGGGUAAAGUGUACAGUUGGUACGCUGAAAACGGCACCCAAAGCCACUAUACCCAAGGUACCUAUUCCUACGAAUACGAUAGUGCCUCCUCCACAAUCAAAAUGAGCAAUUCUGACAUACAGCAGCACCUUUACCAGCUGCGGGAGGCUUACGACGACUUGGCUUACUACUGGAAGCUGACCAUGACAAGUGAAAAUGACCGCGUUGUCUACAAGGUGUACGACGUUGACUCGCGAUGCGGAAACGCAGCCGCACUACUAAGCAACAUCGACCGCAAGAUCCGGCGAAGAAUGAUCUUCUCAAGAGACGUCC